AUGUUCAAAUCACAGACAAUCCGUCAAGUUGCUCGUGCGGCAGCCAGAGCCCAAGCUCCACGUGUAGCCCCUCGACCUGCCCAGCCUGCUCUUUCUUCCCUCAGGCGAUUCACAUCCUCCCCCAGACGGUUCGAGAAAAGCCCCGAUGAUGACGAUGUCAACUAUGCAACAACAGCGGGAGAACCGGGCCAGAGUGGCGAUCACGAAGGGCAGUAUGCACGAACAAAUCAAGAUAUCAAAGUAGAGUACCCAGAAGAAAAGGAUCUGCCGCCAUCCAACCCUGUGGUGGGAAAGGGAGGAGAGCACUUCAAGCGCACUCUCGCAUCAUUCUCCAUGGAGGGCAAGGUUGCCAUUGUAACAGGAGGCGCGCGAGGUCUUGGGUUGGUCAUGGCCCAAGCACUGGUCACAUCAGGCGCUGAUGUCGCCAUUGUCGACAUGAACCGUGACGAAGCUGCGCGAUCUGCAAAGGGACUUCUCGAUCUCGUCAAGAAGGAGAAUCCUGGAUUGACCAAGCUUCCCAAGAUUACUGCGCAUUUCUGCGAUGUCUCCAGCCCGACUUCGGUGAACCAGUCUUUCGCAGAAAUUGUGAAGACCCACGGCAAAGUGGACAACCUCGUCACCUCGGCUGGCUUCACUGAAAACUACGACGCCAUCUCGUACCCGCACGACCGCAUGCAGAAGCUUUGGGGGGUCAAUGUGGACGGCACCUAUCUAUACGCAGUUGCGGUAGCUAAACACUUGAUGGAGAGGAAGGUACCAGGAAGCAUUGUCAUGAUUGGCAGCAUGUCUGGCGCCAUUGUCAACGUUCCGCAGCCGCAGGCUCCUUACAACGCCGCCAAAGCCGCGGUCCGUCACUUGGCGUCGAGUUUGGCAGUCGAGUGGGCACAUGCAGGCAUCCGUGUGAACUGCAUCUCGCCUGGAUACAUGCUUACAGCAUUGACCAAGAAGAUUCUUGAUGACAACCCAGAGCUCCAGAAGCAAUGGACUUCGUUGAUCCCAGUCGGCAAGAUGGGUCGACCUGAGGACUUGAUGGGCGCUGUGACGUUUCUUUCCAGUGACGCCAGUUCCUAUGUGACGGGAGCUGAUUUGAGAGUGGAUGGGGCCUAUACUUGCACUUGA